UCUGGAACGAAGCGCGGCCGCAGCGGGACGAUCAUGCUUCCUCUUUCCCUGCUUCAAGCCGCCCAAGGCGAAGAGAUGCUCGUCGAGCUCAAGAAUGGCGACACGUACAACGGUGUGCUUGUCAACUGCGAUACGUGGAUGAACGUCAACCUCAAGAACAUCAUUUGCACCUCCAAGGAUGGUGACCGCUUCUGGAAGCUCACUGAGUGCUACAUCCGCGGCAACACGAUCAAAUACAUUGGUAUCCCCGACAAGGUCCUGGACCAAGUCAACGAAGAAGACCUCUCGAAGCGCGGUACGACCUCUUUCACCGCAAUGCGCUCCGUGGUCGCGGUCGUGGCGGUCGUGGCGGCAUGGGCAGCCGUGGUGAAGGCCGUGGUCGCGGUGGCCGUGAUGGCGGUCGCGGUGGCCGAACCGGCGGUCGUGACGGUGGCCGAGGGGGCGGUCGCGACGGAGGUCGUGGUGGCCGUGGCGCGCACAGAGGCGGUCGGGGCCAGCAUGCCCAAUAGCAACACUAGCGAACGAUAA